AUGAUAAUUGAUAGUAAAAAUCCAGAUGAACGAAGGCUGAUCAAUUCGUCUUACCAACAAAGAGAAUCGUGUGGUCGGAGUUUUAUGGUCAACAAAGAGAAACAGUGGCUUAUGGUUCGCGCCAAAGGAAUGGAAAGAGUGUCGCCUUGGAAUUCACUCGUGAAUUGGACAAAACCGGCGUUGGAGAGAGACAGUACUGUCGGAGAAGGGUGGAAAGGGUUUGUGUAUGCUUUGGAAAGUAUUGACGACAAAGAUGGAGCGAUCGACAAGGCUAGAAGAUUAAAUGGGUUUGAUGAUGGAAACUCUCUGAGUAAUCUAUUGUGGUGGAUUCAUAGUAGAGACGGUGAUGAUGAUGAUCAUGAAGAAGGUAAGUACGGUGGUCAUGGCGGUGGCGGGAAGUAUUGCUCAUUUGGUCAUUAUUGUAAUUAA